CUCCCUCACCCAGUAUACUUCAACCUUCUCCAAUAGUGCCUGCUUUAAUUCCUUCACCUCCCCACUUAGCCGACUCACCCAGUACACCUGCUACAUCUUCUACUCCUAAUCCAUCCAAUGUCCUCCCAUCACCAUUUUCUGCCACUUCGAACCACAUCACAGCAACCACCUCUGGCCAGACUUCGACCGAGCUUCCUGCAGACCCAGACCAUGACCGAACCUUGCACCAGCAUCUUACUUCAACAACUGUGACCACUGCCGCUUCUGCUGAGAAUUCUUCCCCAGUUGUUAACCUUCAUCCUAUGCAAACUCGGUCCAAAUCUGGAAUUUUUAAACCCAAAACUAUUUUUAAUUUAAGCACAGUUGUUAACACACCUGACCCUACAUGUUUUUCUUCAGCAAAUAAACAUCUUAAAUGGAGAGCUGCUAUGGCUGAAGAAUUUAAUGCUCUUAUCUCUAAUCAUACAUGGGAUUUAGUUCCGUUUGAUGCUACUAAGAAUGUGGUUGGGUCUAAAUGGAUUUAUAAGACUAAGUACUUGGCUGAUGGGUCUGUUGAUCGCUAUAAAGCUCGAUUGGUUGCACAGGGGUUCAAUCAGCAGGCAGGUAUUGAUUUUACUGAGACUUUUAGCCCUGUUGUUAAACCCACUACUGUUCGCCUGGUUCUUACUUUGGCAGUGUCGUUUGGUUGGCCUAUCCGACAACUGGAUGUCAAAAAUGCUUUUCUUCAUGGUCAUCUUACAGAGGAGGUAUACAUGCGUCAGCCACCGGGUUUUGUUCAUCCCCAGUUUCCUCAUCAUUUGUGUCGGCUUCGUAAAGCUAUUUAUGGUCUUAAACAGGCACCUCGUGCCUGGUUUCAUCGUUUCAGUAGCUUUCUUCUUUCUCAUGGUUUUGUCUGCAGUCGGUCUGAUAAUUCUCUAUUUAUUUUUCGGCGUCAUUCUGAUGUUAUCUAUCUCUUGCUGUAUGUAGAUGAUAUAAUUAUUACGGGUAAUUCCCCCAAAUUAGUUACUCAUUUUUUAUCACUCCUUGCUAAAUGCUUUGCCAUGAAGGAUUUGGGGGAUUUGCAUUUUUUCUUGGGUAUUCAUGCAACUCGGACUUCGUCUGGUUUAUUUCUUUCUCAGCAUAAGUAUAUAUCUGAUCUUCUUCUUCGUUUUCAUUUUCAUACAUUAAAACCUGUCCGUUCCCCUCUUCCGAGUCGCACGAAACUCUCUCUCACUGAUGGGGAGCUCCUUGCAGAUGCUACGGAGUACAGAAGUAUGGUAGGUGCAUUACAGUAUUUAACUUUGACUAGGCCAGAUAUUACUUUUGCUGUACACUUGGUGUCUCAAUUUAUGCAUGCCCCCCGUACUUCACAUAUGUUGGCUGUUAAGCGUAUUUUCAGGUAUCUACAGGGCACUUCCACGCAUGGACUUCUACUUCAGGCUUCUCGUGAACGUCCGGCUAUUAUUGCAUAUUCCGAUGCUGACUGGGCUGGAUGCCCGGAUACCGGUCGAUCUACAUCUGGCUAUGCUAUCUUUCUAGGGCCGAAUCUCAUCUUCUGGCGUUCUAAGAAGCAACCUACUGUGUCCCGUUCCUCCACUGAAGCUGAAUACCGCGCUGUUGCACUCACUGUUCAGGAUACUCUUCAUAUUCGGUCAGUUUUAUUUGAAUUGGGCUUUCCAGUUCGCGACUCUACUACGUUGUACUGUGAUAAUAUUUCAGCAUCAUAUCUCUCAGUUAAUCCGGUUCAUCAUGCCCGUAGUAAGCAUAUCAAUAUUGACUAUCAUUUUGUUCGUGAACGGGUGGCUCAUGGUGAUUUGCGUGUGAAGUUUGUUCCUACUCACGCCCAACUGGCAGAUAUUUUUACUAAAUGUUUAUCUCCACAACGGUUUAUUCUUCUUCGUGACAAUCUGCGCAUUGUUUCCCCUGCACAGAUUGAGGGGGUGUAAUAGAGUAGUUUUUAUAUUUAAUUAUAAUUGUGGACUCCUUAUGUAAUUAUGACAUUUAUAUUCUCUAUAUAUAUCUGCCAGGGCUACCAAUAUGGUUAAGCCUGGUAAUUACUUUCACAUUAAGUACAAUUUCAUAGUCCAAUUGCAAACUGGUU